AUGGCUACAGAAAUUGUGGAACGACUUGAAAACAACGCUGAAAGCGUUCCAAGUCAAACCGUUGUAACUUCAAGCAUUGUGAUCCCUUCCACUUCCACUGCGAGAUCCGGUCGCCAAGAUUCCCUGCCAAAACGACGAUCCAGUAAUGAUCUAUCCCGGCAGGGUACAGAGGAGUCUAAAAGGCCACGAUUGGACACAAAAGAUGCAGAAGUAAAAAAGCGAGGGCAAAGAAUCUUCGGCAUGCUUAUGGGCACUUUAACAAAAUUCAAAAAUGAUAGUCAAAAUAAGUCGGAGGCUGAAAUCAAACGUGAUCAAAUCGUUCAAAAAACGCAAGAAAAAUUAAAGAAGGAGCAUGAAGAAUUAGUGAAUAAAAUGAAAACGGAAGAACAAGAACGGAGGGAAAGAAUUGCCCGAGAAAAAAGAGAAGCAGAGGAGAGAAGAAUCAAAGAAUUGCGAGAAUGUUGGUCGGCUCAAAAAAAGAACCUGGCGAAUUUCCUCCGUACUAAUGCAGAACCACCGCUUUAUUACCUUCCUGCUAAAGUUUCUCAACCAAUGGUUGAAACCAUAGCAAGACAGAAACGUCAACUAGUAUUGGAAUCAACCUCCUUUAUAUCUCACGAUAUUGUGGUUUCGGGAGAAGCUCACAAUGGCGGUGAAGAUAUUGAAAUGGUCGAACACAAUAAUAGGAAGAACUUAGAAACCAAGAACAAUGAGAUGGAGGUUGAUCAACCUGAGGCAAGAAAAGUAGAAGGCAUUCAAAAUGAUAGCAAUGUACAAUCGACGUCAGUAAACGAACGCAUGGCUGUUGACGAAGAGCGCUCCGUUGGCAUUAAAAUAGAAGAAUCAGUUAUAAAAGAAGAUGAACCUACUGAUAGCAAGGACGAUCCCGUGGAAUAUUAA